GUAACAGAAAAAACAAAAGAAAACAGUUUCGAAAAGUGCCCACGUGCAAGGGAUAGAUACAGGUACACCAGAACAUCGCAAUGGCUGAUGCUUUGUUCAAAGAGCUGCCACUCCGUGCUUUAGGGUACGGGUUUGCAGUCGGAGAAGCGCUUGUUUAUGUAGCCAGUUCCAGGAAAAUCGACAUCUGCUACACCAUUGGUGCGUGCUUCAUUGGCAGCCAUUGCAUCUACAGCCUUGUCGCACCCGAUGGCAGUCCGGCUGUGAGCUUGCUGAGGGCAGUUUUAUGGGAGGGUUUGGCUUCAUAUCUAUUCCCAACGCUGAUCGUUUACCACGCUUCAAGACUCACGUUUACCCUGCUGGAUGAGACCAAGCUACCGAGCGGUACCAAGAGAUGGGUACCUUGUCUUCUGGGACUUGCGAUCACGCCCUUCCUUAUGCAGCCGUUGGACGAGCUGUGCGAUAAUAUGGUCAGCAGUUUAGUGGGCUAGAUAAAGAACUUAUGGAGCAAAUAUGAAUACAUUUCAAAUGACAUGAUCUUAAGGUCAGGAGGUAGAAUAAGUUACAAGUAGCAGAAUGAAGGCAAACUUCUACCUUUUCCCUCUGUCACUCUUUUGAAAUACAUGUAUUUCAAAACGUUAAAAAAAUCCAACAACCCCGUCACCCUGAAAAAAAAGAGAAAACACAGAAAAGAAAAAAUUGGUUUAUCCAAGCUGUGGCGAAUAGGUUUGAAAUCCAUAUAUAAACAUUAGAUCAGGUGGCUAAGUGAUGUCAUGUAUUAAGUUUAUGAUUACGAUAAAGUCCUGAUGAGGAAAAUCCUCCCUGUUUUACUCAAACCGUAUUGUAACAUUGUUAUAAAUUGCAAUUCGUAGGACAUUCAAUACUGCUACACUAUGUCAUCAGUGUAGAAUAGUUAUUUGUUCGAGAAUAUUAAUAAUGUGUAAACGGUGCCUUUCAGUUAAAGCAAAUGUACACAUUAAACAUCUAAGAAAUUAUGAAGGAGUUUUGCUUUACUACAGUACAAGUCCCUGAUGUUAAUAAUGUAAAAACAUUUAAUAAAUGUUGACAACAGCUUAAAACAAA